AUGCCUGAAAAGAUAGAUCAAGCGGGCAUUGGACGGGCUACUAGAAUAUUACCUGUUCACAGAUUCAGUGACUGCCCACCAGACCAGGAUAUUUUCAAGAAAUGGACAGCAGAACUUGAACAGGGAGGCCCUGAUGUCACAGCUCUUCUGGAGGCUGCAGAGGCAAUCCGCACCAGUGAUAUCCCGGUGGCCUUUCCAACAGAAACUGUUUAUGGAUUAGGUGCUGAUGCAACGCGCAGCGGGGCUGUCCAAGGGAUAUAUAAGGCGAAACAACGGCCAUCGGACAACCCGCUUAUAGUUCAUAUAAGCUCGAGAGAACAGCUCGAACGUCUUCUUCAGGCCCCCAAAACAUCAAACGGAGCUGUCAAGGACCACAAUACACCGCUUAUUCCAAAAAUAUAUGAACCAUUAAUGGAAAGAUUUUGGCCCGGACCUCUAAGCAUUAUCCUGCCAAAUCCCUCUCAUUUACCGUUGGCGCCAGAGGUUACUGCUAAUCUCUCAACGUUUGCCGUGAGAAUGCCCUCAUCCCCCCUGGCUCGGCUUCUCAUCGCAUUAGCCGACCGACCAGUAGCUGCACCGUCAGCUAAUGCUUCAACUAAACCCUCGCCGACGACAGCACAACACGUGCAUACGGAUCUUCAAGGACGAAUAGAUAUUAUUCUAGACGGCGGGCCGUGCGGAGUCGGUGUCGAAAGUACGGUUGUCGAUGGAUUAAGUUCCCCCCCUGCAAUCCUCCGGCCUGGAGGAGUCGGGAUUGACGAACUGCGAACAUGUCCUGGCUGGGAAAAUGUACAAAUUGGCUACAAGGAUGGCGCCUUGCAAGGCAAAGCCACUCCCCGAGCGCCAGGGAUGAAAUAUAAACAUUAUUCGCCAAAGGCAAAGGUUGUCCUUUUUGAAGCUGGGCAGGAUAACGCUUCUGUUGUGAAUCGCGUAAUCUCUGACAUUAAUAAAAGGCCCGAGUCUGAAAAGGACCGAAAUCUGCCCCUGUCCAUAGGGGUUGUUCGAACCAAGGCUUGGAAAAAGGGGCUUGGGAUGCUGGGCAUUCCUCACCUACCACUAGACGAUGCUACAAAUGGAGAGACCACAACUUCAUCCAUAAACUGUCCCACCAAUAUUCAAAUAGAAUCUCAACAAAUUACUUCAUCCGCACCCGCUAUCAACAUGCUUGACAUAUCCUUGGGAGAUGAUACAUCGUCAAUUGCACGUGGUUUAUUCUCCGCUCUACGCAGCCUUGACGAGGAGGAUGUUUCUAUUAUCUACGUUGAGGGAAUAUCGGACACCGAAGGCGACCUGGCGGCCGCCGUGAUGAACCGAUUGCGAAAGGCAGCGGAGGAAGAAGUCAAGGUUACUCAAUGA